UCUCUUAAUGAUCCACUUUAGCUAGUCGCUGUAUGUCGAAGAUUUACUCUUCAGUGUUGUAGAUCAUGUAGGCAUCUAGUGCUAAUACUAAAGUGUUUUCUAAAGUAAAAGUUCAAGUUUCUUUCUUCCAACAAGGAAGUAGCUUCCCUAGAUUGUCAGCAAGAAAAAAGAUGAUGACCUCGAAAAGACCGCCAUCCUCGACCAUGCCACUUCAGUCGAACACCGACCAAAACUCGCCACCAACCAUAUCGACAGAGCAUGGGAGCUCCACGAGUGUUAAGGCCACCAAGUUACAUUCAAAGAUAAAUUUAGAGACAGAGACAAGUCCUUGUACGAGAACUGCGAUUUUUCAGUGAAGAUGCUUACCUCUUCAGAAUCACGGUCACCAGUAGUCAAUAUCCGUAAAGCUGCGAUAUCUUCUUCUUCAUCUGUCAGUGGCCUCAGUUGCCGCUCAACCCGUGUUCUACUUUCUCAUCUAAUAAUGGAUCUGUAGCACCUGUCGGCAGAAGUAGCAACUCAAAGACUGGAAGAACGCUGCCUUCACCGCAGGUUGCGGCUGCGCAGGCAAAAAAUUUCGACACUCUGGCUAAGAUAUUUGGGGAGAAUGAGUAUUUUAAAUGAUUGUACUCUCAGUAGUAGCUAAGUACUUAUUCGAAAACUCAAGAUAACCGAGUUACUGACUGAAAUGAGGGAGGUAGCUUCACGCCAAGGCUACUCUUCCUUCUCAUCAGUAUCUCGGUUAUUCUGAUCCGUUACUUGCUGAUUUCAGUUUUUCGAAUAGGGUUUUGGGGGAAAUAAAUGAGUACCACUCAUCAAAAUAUUUGCGAUAUUGAUUUAGUUUUCGGUCCUGUUCCAGGCUCGUUUUCUUGCAUUUGAUCCCAGAUAGUAGGUGGCCAUGUGAUCACAACAACAGACACAAGAGUGCUUUUCAACCGCAACCACGUGGUGAGGCCUUUCGCGCUAUCUUUUUGCAAUGAGGCACUUGUAAUGUCUAGAACUAAAAUAUACGAUCGCUCCUUUAAGUACCUGAACUAUAGUACGAUCGCUCCUCUACAUACUUACAAAAACAGUCUUCCUAUGCCACGCGAAGACUUGCUAGAGAGUCCGGGACACGCCGAAAUGCAUGCGGAAAUACUGGGGACGCCCAAAAGCCGUUCUUCACGAAGUUUUAGACCUGAAGAUCGUAGUACCUCAAGUCCUACAGGACGAGGGUCCUUGGUUCUGGUGGAGAAGUUAUGAUAUUCUUGUUCAAAAAAGUAAAAGAUGCUGAUUACGAUUAGCUGAGGAGGUUGCACUGGCAUAGAAAGGACGUUAAUAUUUCGAUCAUCUCUUCUUCGCAAUAGUUUUUUUGACUAUCAUCUAUCUAAAGAGGUUACUUCUAAGGAUAUUGUUCUCAUCUACAUCUAAAAAUAUCAUCCAGUCCUUCCGGUGGAGGCGCAACGUCGAGUGGGGCAACCUCAAGUUCUCUGAAUCAUCCGGGAGGUGGGGAUAUAAAGUUAUGAAAUAUGUUAAGUAUGUUUAUGACAGAAAAAAGUGUACUCAUCCUCAUGAAAUUAGCUAGCUUUGAAGUAGAAGAGUAGCUAACUUUCUGAGUAUGAGUUCACUCUUUCCGUUCAUACAUGUGGAUGAAUCGUUCCCGCUACUAGUGUGAUCUAAGUAGUAGAUGGCGUUAUAAUAUGCACUCUGUUCAUAGGACUGAGAGGACUGUAUCAUGUUGUAAUUCUAUCUAUUUCUUUGAAUAUCCCGACGAGUGUGAUUACAUUCAGACUUUGUCUCUACGGGUGUUAGGAACGACACUAACAGGGGCAUGCGCAUGACAUGCUCUACCUAUACAGUAUAAGUGCGUCUACUUCUUCUUUCUUCCUUGAAACUGCUCCUCUACGUAGAAUGCAAGCACAUAAAAACUUUGCUCUCAUCUUGAUAAUAUGUUGGCAUCCUUUAUUCUCAGUCAAGACCAGAUACCCAUGACAGAGAUUCAGAGAUUCUUCUUCUAAUUCAAGACCAGGUCUUAGAACAUGUCGAGAAGUACAAAAGUGAGAACUACAAAAGUGCUCCUGCAGACCUGUCGCCAGGAACGACCUCCAGAGCCGACGAAGAUGAAGAUACAUGCUCCAUGUCUGAGCAAGAAUCGCCAGGAGGGGCUUGUAUGGCUGAUGAAGGUGUUCGUAGUUGGUGGAGACGGACCGCGUUGAGUGGUUUUGGAAUUUGGUAACCUGAUUUUGAUCGCCAGGGAUAGGAAGAAGAGAACCCUUGGCAUCGAAAUCAGGUGACUAAAAACCGGAACCAUUCACAGAGGCUUUUUCCCUUCAAUUCAUGUCCAAGCCCCAUUUGUAUUUGCAGGGUAAGUAGGUAGUUGUACUUAUUCAGCUGUGCUAGUGCUCAUUCUCAUUCACCUUGUGUUAGAACAUGUGUUUGAGUUGUUAUUUGACCUCAUAAAUAUGCUCUCUACGGUGGUCACGAAUGGCCAUAUCCUCUGAUCUCUUUUCCUCCUUCAUCCCCCUCUCUCGCGAUUGGAUAACCUUGGAAGCUGAGGUGUGUCGCAAUUUCGAUUCCGCUCGCCUGGGUGCCAAAUUAUUUCUGCUGCUCCUAUUGCGGAAGUUGAGGGAUUUUUCGAAAAAGAAAAUUCGCUAUCGCGAGUUGGAACAUGCCACGACCCUGCUUUACAGAGCGCUAGAUGAGGAAAGCCAGAUACUAGCGAGCAUGUACAAUACAAUGGCAGGGACAGGAGGAGUUACGACUGAUCGACUGGAUAGCUAGGUACCUACUAGACAAUCUUCGUUGACGUCUUGUUGGAAAUGGACUUCGUAGUUGUUGCUCCUUUCGGGGAGCGUUAAUAUUUCAUGUUGUAGUUGUGGCGAGAUUUAUGGAUUUUCUUGUUGUAGUUUGUUGUUGUGGCUAGAUAAAGAUUUGCUAUAUUUGCUACUGUAGUUCUAAUGUUUGCUAUAUUUGCUAUAUUUGAGUGCAGCACUGUAGUUCUAAUGUUUUAUACCUUCGUUCACUCCCUAAGUCUCCACUAGAUACCCAACUUCCUCCUAUGUAAUAAGUUUGGCUCUUCGUGUUGUCUUUCCAAUCUACACCACCUUAGGACUUUGCACACAAAAAAAGAAUCUAAAAAUGACCUCCCGGCAGCCGAACGAGCGGAGUACUCCUCUGCACAGAUACAGCCAGUUUCUUUCUUUGAAGUGAAAUAGUUUCUUGAAUUCUAAGGCCAAUGUGAUUGCUAUAUUUGCUAGUUCGUUGGAAGUAGGUUCGAUGCACUACACCUCUAACCCUCGUCCGCCAGCGGCCGCAUCGAGCAAGAUAAAGCCCAGUGGUCGACAGCACGAAAUCGCAGUGAUUUAGGGCCCGACCACUACUCUUUGAAUCCCGCCCACGAUGAUCCCUUUACCGUAGUUGUAAGUAGGUCAUUUGGGCCCCUUAAUGUGACUUACAACAGCGUUGUCUCUCCAUUAUUUAGUGUGAAGACAUGGUGCUGGUUUAUUUUCCACUUCUACUUCCUUUUCAAACGAUUUGGAUACAAAAAAAUUAUAUGUACUAAAAUAUCAUACACAUCACCACGACCACCACGUCCUGAUGCUGACGUCCUACCUUCCUGCGGCUCGGCAGCACGAUUUCCGCAAUGGGCUCUUCAUCAUCAGUACUCAACGAACAUUGUCUAGUAGGUACCUAGCUAUUAUUAGCGCUCACCCAAAUCCAUCCCGAGAUGCAUCCUAGUAUUAGCGCUCACCCAAAUCCAUCCCGAGAUGCAUCCAAUCUGGGUUCCGCAGGAUGCUACUUGCUGCAGCCUGGGUUCCGCAGGAUGUGCAACAUCUGCAUCAACUUCUACUGCAGCCGCGGAGACAACGGGUGUUUCAUCUUCAUCUCUUACUUGCUGCAGCAAGCAGGAUAUCGCUCUAAUCUCCCCUCUUCGCGAUAUCGAAUUUGCAACAGCAUGCGCUAGAGUGGAAAGAGACGAUCAUGGAGGCGUACAGCAACCAGCACGGAAGGCGGCAGUUGUCUUUUCGUGCACUGGCAAGCUUUCUAGACGAAAGCAUCGCUGUCUUGGAUUAAGGGUUUCCGAAUUACAUCCCUCACUACCAUCCUUGGCUCCUCUUCAAGGGGAAAAUAGGCCAAGGAUGUUCUGAAGAAUGCAAUUCGGUAACCUCUAAUUGGAGGCUCUCUAUUGGAAAAAGAAAGCACUUUUGGGGUAGGAAUACUUCUAUGGUAGGGUUGUAGGACAGCAGAGAGAAGGAUGAUAGAUCAUUGUGAAGAUUCAUUUUUUUUUAUUGUUUUUGAUGGUGUUCCUGUUCGUUGGGAGGAAGGAGUCAUUGGGCCGUUACAGUUACCUCAGGCGGAGCUUGCAAAUCUAAAAGACGAGAACAGUUCUUUCAUAGUUGCAUGU